UUGAUAAGCAUCCGGACAUCGUUAUGCAUUAAAUCAUUGGAAUGAUUGAUGGCUUCUCUUUUGUCGAUGGAGCAGCAAAUGUAAUUAGGUGGUUGCGAGAACACUUUGCAGCACUCUGGCGGUAUGGUGACGAUAUAAAUCAUCCGUGAUUGCGUUUACGACAUCGCAUAAAGUAGAAAUUCCGACCGCCAGAUGGUCCAACUUUGAUGGUAUCCAUCCGGUCUGGCCGGCCCAAAAAGGGAAGAAAUAAGCAAAAUCUCAACCACGACUGCGCCGGAUACGGUUGGUUGGCCGCCGCGAGUCUCAGCAGGAUCGCUCCGGCGUAGAAGAGUCGACUGCCGGGCUUGUCCUACGGAAGAAAUACGAAGAGGAGAGUGUGUUGAACAGAGGACCAAGGUGGCCGUAUUCUCAUCCGUUGGAUGUGCCAUCCUGAAUUUAAAAAAAAAAAACCUCCUCGAUCCGCAUUCCGGCUACGACAUAGUGACCUCCCCACCGGAAGAAAAACUCGAGUGCUGCGGUGGAAACCAACAGUUCAACACACGGCCAAUAGACAGUCUCUGCUGCUGCACGGUGUCUGGUUUCCUUUGAAUCCUCACGUCUUCGUGCAUAUCCGCCGUGUAUAUCCGCGGAGAUUGACGGAGGGAGAACAGUAGAACGACGAACGAAGAAGAAGAAGGAGGAGGUAUCUCUGUUUUUUUUCGAGGAAAGAGGAGGCGGUAGAAGGUGGUGCCAUCGGUUCAGCAGCGCAACGAUGACGACGGCCCAUAUCCUGGCAUUGCUGGCCGUCUUGACAGCUUGCUCCUUUCCGACGUCAGAAGCCAACCAGAAACAAAAUGGACCCAACAAGAAAGUCAACUUUCGUGAAAUGGAGAAACAAAUUCUCGACAAGAUUUUGGGACCGGCUCACUACGAUCGUCGCAUCCGACCCUCGGCUGCCAACGGAACAGAUGGUCCCACCAUCGUCGACAUCAACCUCAUGUUUCGUGGCAUCUCCGACAUCAGCGACAACAAAAUGCAAUUCAGCGUGAUCCUGACGUUUCGAGAAGAGUGGCUCGACGAUCGCCUCAAGUUUGAAAAUAUCCAAGGUCGGAUGAAAUAUCUCACUCUCAACGAUCCGAGCAAAGUGUGGAUGCCGGACUUGUUUUUCUCCAACGAACGCGAGGGACACUUCCACAACAUCAUUGUGCCCAAUGUCUACGUGAGAAUCUUCCCAAAUGGAUGGGUCUUGUACAGUAUCCGAAUUUCUCUGACGCUCUCGUGCCCGAUGAACCUCAAACUGUUCCCGCUGGAUAGACAAACCUGCUCGCUAUCCAUGGGCAGCUACGGAUGGACGACGGACGAUUUGGUUUUCCUAUGGCGAGCCGGCGAUCCAGUGCAAGUCGCCAAAAAUCUGCAGCUGCCGCGAUUUGCUCUCGAGAAAUUCAAAACGGACUCGUGCAACAGCAAGACCAAUACAGGAGAGUACUCGUGCCUGAAAGUGGAUCUCCUGUUCAGAAGAGAAUUCUCCUACUACUUGAUUACCAUCUACAUUCCUUGCUGCAUGUUAGUCAUCGUAUCAUGGGUGUCUUUCUGGCUGGACGCCAACGCAGUGCCGGCUCGUGUAUCGCUCGGAGUCACCACCCUACUCACGAUGGCCACCCAAACGACCGGUAUCAACAACUCACUUCCGCCAGUCUCCUACACAAAAGCCAUUGACGUGUGGACUGGUGUAUGCUUGACGUUCGUCUUUGGAGCGCUGCUGGAAUUUGCCCUCGUCAACUACGCUUCGCGAUCCGAUGCGCAUCGGGAGAAGAUGAAAAAACAGCGCAAACAGUGGGAAAUGGAACACCAAGCUGCUUUAGAUGCUAUGGCCGCUGACGGUCUUCUUGACGAUCGCAAUUCUUUUGCUAUGAAACCGCUGGUUCCAGCUAGUACCGAAGUCAUCUUCAUGGAAGAUGGACGUGAUCGUAAGCAGCAGAGAAACGACGGUAUGCCAACAGAAACGUUUUGUCGCACCUGGAUAGGUACGUACACGUUGCGAUCGAAACGCAUCGAUGUCAUCUCCCGCAUUAUUUUCCCCCUAGUAUUCGCUGUGUUUAACAUGGCUUACUGGAGCACUUAUCUCAAUCAAGACGAUGAUACGAUUUAAUAUAAUAACACGUCUCUCCUUUCCAUUCCCAAGAAAGAAAGAAAACAAAAUUGUAACCAAAUUCCAUGUCCGUUUUUUCCGCAAUAAGAAUUUCAUUGCACGUGGUGUUUACGUUAUGUAAGCAGUUUUUCAAUAAUUGUAGUUAAAUUUUACGCUCUUUUUAACUGUUAUUUGUAUACAGUUGACUAGUCAUUUAACUCUUUUUCCAUUUACGUUGGUGUUGAAGGAGAUUUCAACACUAAAGUAGCCUAGCGCAAUCAUUUUAGAUUCAGUCGACAUCUUAAUAUCAUAUUAAACUGAAGCUCACAGUAGUUGAACGAGUUAUUUGCGGACGGUCAAAGAUUUUGUAGCUUGAGAAAGGAUUAAAUAUUCAAAAGCUGAAUUUGUAUCAACGACAUAACAAUAUAAAUUAAAAAAAAAAAAUGACAUGACUACCAAAGUAAGCAAACGUUUCUUAACUGACAAAUUUUUAACGGCGGUGUAAAUCGUGUCUGUCUUCUUUGCAAUUCAUCUUCCGCGUAGUUACGAUUUCAUUAUUUGUUCCACUUUUCUGCGUAUCAUCUGUUAAUCGAUAAAGACGAAUACUGUUAAAAUACAUUCAAUCGUACAAACUGA